ACGCUUCAUUACAAGCUGCGUGACAUGCCCUCAGUCGCCAGUCUUCAACGGCACUCCACAUGAUGCCACGACACAUACAAUAGGAAUACAAUACCUUCGAGCCCCGAACCUCCAAUAUGCCUGUGAUGCUCCGCGCUGCCCGCCGUUACAAUACUACCCUUGCGGACGUACAGCUACAACGUCCCUUCUAUCUCUCGGCCUUCCCUUGAUCUCGCCACAUAACCUCCCGCAAGCUUUGCGUAGAACUCUCUAUUCAAGAUGGACACUAGACGGGUCAUAGACGAGUCCACAGGUCCAGUUGCACUAUCAGUUGCAUUUAAUGCAAGUCGCAGCUAUUUCUCAGUGGCUUUGGACACAGGCUUCCAAGUAUACAAAUCAGAGACAUGCGAGCUGGACAAGACGCGAGAUUUUGGUUCAGGCUUGGCUGCUGCUGAGAUGCUGGGACAGUCGAGCAUCUUAGCUCUCGUUGGUGGUGGAAGGCAGCCCAAAUUCCCCCAGAACAAGGCUGUUAUCUGGGAUGAUCUGAAAGAAAAGACACCAAUCACUCUAGAAUUCCGAAGCCCCGUCCAACGCGUUCGGAUAUCGCGAUCUCAUCUCGUGGUAGUACUCUUGAAUAGCGUUAAUCUGUAUAAGCUUGCGUCUCCUCCCCAGAAACUCGCAACGUUCGAUACAGCAAACAACCCGUAUGGCUUGUGCUGUCUCGGAGAGCAACUCAUGGUGUUCCCGGGACGAACACCAGGUCAGAUACAGCUCGUCAGACUCAGCAAUAACCUAGUCAGCAUCAUUCCUGCGCAUAGUUCUCAGCUGAGCGCAUUAGAUCUGAGUGCAGAUGGUGAAAUACUUGCGACUGCAAGUGAGCAAGGGACUCUGAUUCGUGUCUGGGCAACAACGAGUUCCAGCAAAUUGGCAGAGCUUCGACGUGGUGUAGAGCAAGCUGUGAUCUUCUCCAUAGCGAUCUCUCCAUCGAACACCAUGCUUGCUGUAACAUCGGACAAAUCGACAUUGCAUAUCUUUGAUCUGCCUGGCGCAGCAAACUCUUCAAGUUCACGGCCGACCGAAAGCAUGAGUGGUGGUGAGAGCGCUACAGAUGUAGAAGGCCCAACAAAAUCCAAGUGGGGUAUGUUAUCAAAGGUACCCUUCAUGCCCAGAGUCUUCUCAGACAGCUACUCGUUUGCGAAUGCGCGUUUUGAAAUAGGAGACGAGCCGACAGCCCUUGCUGGAAGUUUACGUCUAGGAGGCUCGAAUGCAUCACUACCAAGUCUUUCAGGUCGGCGGACGCCGAAGGGCGUCAUUGGUUGGUUGAGUGAAUCUGUGCUGGUCGUGAUCGGCGCAGGCCAAGAUGCACGAUGGGAGAAAUUUUUGGUAGGACCUGCUGCCGAUGGUACGCGGGUGUGCUGGAGAGAUGGGUGGAGACGAUAUCUCAAAUGACUGCUCCUGCUAAUCUGUAGUGUGGAGACCGCUUGUUGGUAAUGCGAGGUGCGGCAGUAUUACUUCAGUUACCUAGACUGUUGUUGCACACGCUUCUAUGCUUCGAAAUUCAAUCUUUUCAGGUUUUGAAAUGUACAUAUAUUGUGUUCGAGAUGCGAGACUGAGUAUUACGUACUACGAAGUAACAUUCAGGAAUUGUAUAUACCAAU